GGAAAUAUACAUUGCAGCAUGGCUUCUGAGAACAUGCCAUCACUAAUGGGCCAGCUUUUUCAGCUUUACAGAAACGUAUUUGGAAAAACGAAUGUGUUCUAACAUUGUUUCAAUAUAAAUGUUCGCUGGGGAAACCUUCCUAGGUGAGGAGUAAAGCCUUUGGGACGUUGUUUGCUAACGUGGUGACGGCGCUCUGCAUAUCAGCGUGGUCGACAGCCCAAGCAAAGGAUUUAUAUUAAAAGAAGAAUGAUCACAAUGUCUAAAGUACAGGUAAAUGAAACACACACUGCUGCGGCGACACAAAAGACCACAGCUAAAGAAAAGAGGAAGAAGUUCUGGAUAACACAUAAAUGGAAAAAAAAGUUACAAAAGACAACGCCUCCACACAAACAGCAAGAAAAAGCUGGAACUCAGCAAACUGCUCCUCCUGGUGAUCCCCAGCACUUUUCUGCCAAUUGGAAAGCAUUACAAGAGCUGCUAAAGGCCAGCCAGCCAGAGAAGAAGCAACCUGCAACACCAAAACCUCAGAAUGGUGUCUUACCAAAGAAGGUUAAAGAACAUACUCCCAAGAAUAUUUCCACCAACAACACAGCACCUAGCAAGACAGACAUUGAGAAAAAAGCGAAACACAAAACUGUUUCUCACAGCAUUGUCCCCAAGGAGGCUGGGGUGAACUUAAAGGCUACUGUCGUCUCAGACAGACAGGAGCCUGCUGCUCCAAAAAGGAAAAAGGACAUGAGGAAGUCCAACAGUGAUCAAGCAGCCAAGAAGAAGAAGCCUGUGACUGAAGAGCGGAAACCUACAGAGGAGGACCUUUGGUUUGAUGAUGUAGACCCUGAUGACAUUGAGGAAACAAUGGGAGCAGAAGCAGCAGAGAUCAUGAGGAAGAAGCAGGGCAUACAGAAGAACACAAACACAGAGAAUGCUCUGGUUAAAGAGAAGGCUUUUGAGGGCCUCACCAGAGCUGUGGCCAUUGACUGUGAGAUGGUGGGAGUAGGUCCUGAUGGAGAGGACAGCAUCUUGGCUCGUGUGUCCAUCGUGAACCAGUUUGGGAAAUGCAUCUACGACAAAUACGUGAAGCCCACAGAGGAGGUGACAGACUACAGGACCGCUGUCAGUGGUAUCCGACCAGAAGACAUCAAGGAUGGAGAGGAUAUACACACUGUGCAGAGGGAGGUUGCUGAAAUUCUGCAAGGGAGGAUAGUGGUUGGACAUGCUAUACACAAUGACUUGAAGAUCCUUCUCCUGGAUCAUCCGAAAAAGAAAAUCCGGGACACUCAGAAGUAUAAACCCUUUAGGAAGAUUGUCGGGAGUGGUCGCCCCGCACUGAGAGUCCUCUGUAGAGAAAUCCUCCAUGUAAAGGUUCAGCAGGGCGAACACUCAUCUGUCCAAGAUGCCCAAGCCACCAUGAGGCUGUACACGCUGGUAAAAAAGCAGUGGGAAGCAGAGAUUAAAGUCAGUAGGAAAAACAAAGACUCAGACAAGAAGAGUGAGAGAAAGCCCAAGUAAGAAUGAGACUAAGAAUCUCAUGGAAGUAUGAAUUCAAAAUCAGUGCAAGAGGAUGUUUUGUCUCCUGACCAGAGCAGAUCUGGCUGAAAUGAUCACAGGUUUGCACUUUUUUUUUCUUUCUUUUUGCAGAAGGGGGUAAAAAACAAAACAAAAAACAAACAAACAAAAAUAAAUGUAUAAAAUACCAAGUGGCCUUUUGAAAGGAUCCAGUGGCAAACGCAUGUAAUAGAAGAUCUGUCUCAACAGUGAACAGAAACACACCAAGGAAAGCUGUGCAAAUUAAUUACAUCCAUAAAGAAUGUGUUUGUCAACAGGUAGUAACUGAUUUCAUUAGUCUGAGUUUGUCACAGAGGUAUUUCUGAGAUGUAAUACGAAGCGAGAACAGUGGGCUAGCUGGGUAUACUCCUUUAGCCUGUCUAGAUCACCAUGGUAACACAUCCAACCUUGUCCACAGGAAGGUGUUUAAAGCUUUGCAUUUAAAGCAGAUGUAAAAAAAAAAAAAAAAGCCAUCCUUGCAGGAAAUUUUCUUCAGCAUUCCUCUCUGACUGUUUAUAACAACAAUCUUGUAUUUAGCCAUAAAGUGUUUUUAUAUUCUUCACCAACUCCCUACUCUUAACAACCUAUUUCCAACGACUGAAGUAGCACAGGAUCAGUUUUUGAACUGCUGUUUUGAAGUUGCUUCAUUAUACUUCCCUCAAAUUCUGGAAAAACUUACCAGUUUUAUUUCCAAUAGUCAUUAAAUAAUCAGUCAGUUUUCUCCACAGAGUUUCUAAAAACUCAUCCUUUAAGGCAAAUUACACUGUUCUUAUUACGGUUCUCUUUUUUUCUUCAUAUCUUAAAUCUGCUCCCUGGUUUGUUCUAAAUCUUGAUUGUUUUUAAGUCAGAUGUUUGUAAAAUUACAAAUAAAACACAUUUUAAGAUAAA